CAACAACAACAAGUAAACAACAGAAAAUUAAAAAUAAUACAAGUAAAGAAAGAAAGAAAAGCAAGAAAAGCAAGAGGCUUAACAACUUUUCUCCUGAUACACAAAGAUGGCGCCAAAGGAUAGAACGGAUCAAGUUGAGCAGCGUUCGCCUCUUCGUCUCCCAAAUAAAGUUUCUGACGCCAGCCCGAUCAUCACGAGUAAUUUAAAACUACACAUCAAGGAGGAGAUCCAACAACACAGGUCCAACGAUGUCCUCCCCCGUUUCUUGCUUCAAAUGUCGACGAUGACCACUCUCCUUCCUUCACACUGGGAGAAAUACCCUGUCGAUAUGAAACUGUUCCUUGAGAAGGAACUGUUCGAUCCGGUCCUCAAACACGUUCUGGAGUCCCAAGAUCUGUUAAAUUGGUGCCGGUCUGUGAAGACAGUUCAUCCUCUCAUUACACCAGGAGAUGGCAACUGUCUCCUGCAUGCUGUUUCAUUGGCCUUGUGGGGGAUUGAGGAUGAUGACUUGAUAUUGCGCACCGCCCUCUAUCGGCUCCUCAAGGAGGAUACUGACAGGAGAAACUAUUUGCGUUGGCAACGCGAACGCUUGAGAUUGGACGCUGCUAUACCAGAUUCUGGACUGGUGUACAAUACUACUGAGUGGGGUAGUGAGUGGGAGAUGGUAAAAGAAAUUGCAAGACCAGAUCAACGUCCCCCCGAGACACAGGGUCUCCUGUUCGAGAGCCUUGAGCAGUUCCACGUCUUCAUGCUGGCCAACAUGCUACGUCGCCCGAUCAUCAUCAUUGCCGAAGACAUGAUGCGCAGUAAUCUGGGUCUCUCAUUACAACCUCAGCACCUCCAGGGCAUAUACCUGCCUUUGAACUGGGAUCCAAGUGUUUGCUACCGCUACCCGAUACUCCUGGGGUUCUACCAAAAUCACUUCUGUCCGUUGCUGGUGACCGGAACGGAGGAUUUUGAGGAUGAUGGCAACGAGUUCCUCUUUCCGAUAGUACACCAAGACCUGACGCCAAUGAAGGUACACUUCUUGGAGGAGGGGGAAGAGCAUCAGGUCCAGGUGCUUCUGGAGAAGUACCUCAUCCUUGAGGAGAUCAACCACAUGGGGAAAAGUCUCAGUCGCACCCAUGGACUCCCUGGAGCAAGACUCGUCGCCAAGAGUGGAAGUCAGGACGUAGACCUCAUGACUGCAUACUUUAAGCUGUCAGAGACCCAUUAUCGUUCAUACUUGGAGAUGGAAUAUGGGAACAACGAUGAGGGUAUGGAGCCCACCAACAAGGACAAGGUGAAGUCACUUGUUGGAGCUAAGUCGCAGCCGUAUAUAAGUCCAACGCAACAACUACCUAAGUUUUCCUGGUCUGGUUCUGGAGCACCUAUAAGUCAACCUGAGGUCAAGGCUGUACCUAACCUGCCCUUACGAAAAGCUCAUUCUCUGGUACUACAGGUGUGUAAGACUGAAGGGUGUAUCUACUACAGAUCCAUGAGCACCGGGGAGUACUGCCACGAGUGCUUCGUCAAGAAACAACAACAAGCUCAGUGUAAGGGGGCCGGCUGCCUCAAUCCAGCAGAAAAUGGUUGCCAGGAUCUCUGUCGAGUCUGUUUUGAUCAGAGGGAAUUGAUUGGGGAUGCAGGCAGUAAGCCGAGUGCACCUUCAAUGAGCAAAAUGAGUCUAAAUCCAGGUUGUCCAGAUCCUGCUAAAAUGUCCGCUGCAACAAGUAGCCCUAGAGACAUCUUGACGGACACUAGGCCACACCAGAUGUCCAAACCCAAAACAGAGUCUCCUUCUUCGAGCCCAGAGUAUGAACUUAACUCCAUGGUUGUCCAUCAAAAGCAGGCCACAAAGAAGUGCAUCAUGGAGGAGUGCCCACUAACUGGGAAUCCAAAAUUUAGUGACAUGUGUAGCAAGUGUUACAAUGAAAGUGUGGAGAUUGAGAAGGGCCUGAAGAAAAAGCAGCAAGCACCUGCUGCUGUCGCCAGGAAUACAGGAUUCUUGGCAGCUGCUGCUGAGCCACCAAAAGAUGUGCUUCCAGAGAGUAAAGGAACCUCAAAGUACACAGUCAAGAAGAAUAUCUGCGCCACCGCUGGCUGUGAUGGCAUUCGCCUUGAUGGCACAGGUUAUGCCGGAUACUGUCAUCUGUGCUACAAGAGAAAUACUGGCAAGAUGUCGCAGGACAACCAAACCGUCUACGGAGCAUCUGGUGGCUCGUCUGAAAAUGAGACCUAUGCCAAUUUUCCUUACCACUAUGGUCAUUGUAAAGAAGUAAGACCUUCUCCUGAAGUGGUAAAAUCUGGUGGCUCAUCUGAAAAUGAGACCUAUGCCAAUUUUCCUUACCACUAUGGUCAUUGUAAAGAAGUAAGACCUUCUCCUGAAGUGGUAAAAUCUAGAGAAGGUGAAAGCCAUGCUACUGGUUUGGGUUUUCCUGAGCCGCAAAAGACAAGCGAGAAGACUGUGUCGCAGAAUCCCUUUGCAGAUCUGAAGACCCACCUGGCGACAGCAGCACCCGUUGUAGCUCCAGCAGGUGGCAAGGUUAAAAUGUGUGCACAUCAUCUUUGCGACAAACCGGCGUCCCCGCCUGGGUUCAUGCUAUGUGGGCAGUGCAGCCUCAUAGCGUCGAUGUUCCAGCAGCAGCAGGUUGAGAACGAGAAACCCAAAUCUAAAUCAGAAUCUAAUUCAAAACAGGCUGAGAACUCUGGCAGUGAGAAGACGCCGUCUGAGCCAGUUGAACCUGUCUACAAGCCCAUAGAAAUAAAGAAGCAGACUUCCAAUUUCAAGAAUACUCGUAUCCUACGGAAAGAAUGUCAGGCUCCAGGAGGAUGUGUGGAUCAAAUGUUCGGAGAUCCCGAGCUGAAGGAUCUGUGCUCUAGAUGCUUCUCCAAGAUGAUGAUGAAGCGAACACGCACUCAGAGGUCACCCAAAGAUCCUCUCGCCUUGACCAAUCAAGAGCCAAUCUACAGCAACACAGCCCCGCUCAAUCCCUCACCACGCCCCUCCCCGCCCCCACCUCGCGCCCACACUGGGUACAUGGAACUACACGGCACUGGCCAACACUCCCCAAAGAGGAAUUCAUUACCCAGGAACUAUCAGCCGUGCGCCCGACCCGGCUGCACCCAGCAAGCCAACCUUCAGAUCCUGGAGGGGUACUGUAACGACUGUCACCAGGUCUACCGCACUAACAAGGUGCUGGAGUACGCCGUCGUGGUGCCAGCACAAGCCCCCGCUCCUAAACCCAUUCCCCCCAGCAGAGGGCGCUUUGCGUUCUCGUCCCAAUCAACGGUCCCUGAGGGCUGGAUGCAUGGCGGCGGGCAGGGCUUUGGUGUUGGGACCGCCAGAGAGCCAAGCAGACCCAUUGAAGAGAAUAGAAUGGACGAGGGGCCGCCUCAAGCUGAGCCUAACCGCACUGAUAUGAAAUGUAAGAGUGACGGCUGCCCAAACUACGGUAACCCUCGUUGCCAAGGCUAUUGCAACAGUUGUUUCAGACACAUGAAAAAAUAGGAAGAUUACAGAGUUGUAAACCCAGUUUAAAUUGGAAGCAAAGCAAAAAGAAGAUAAAUGCAAAGAAGAUAAAUACAAAGAAAAGCUGAUUCAGUUGUGUGAUCUCUAAACUAUACACAAAAGCGGCUUUUUCAUGUGGAAACUGUUGGUUCGCCCACUUGGGAUGACUGCUUUUUACAUGAAAGUCAAAUUUAAAUGUACAAUGUCUGCAUUUUUAACUCUGUAGCUCAUGUAGGUGUAACGCACACAAAGAACAGAGUGAUUUUAUUAUUAUUAAUAUUAUUAUUAAAAGAGAAGGGUGUUCCUGGUUUGAUUGGCAGCAUAUUGCACCACAACACCUUGUAAACCACUACAUUGUGCUAUGUAAGUAGUUCGCACCGGUGUUCCUGGUUUGGGCAGCAUAUUGUGCCACAGCACCUUGUAAACCAUUACAUUGUGCUAUGUAAGUAGUUCGCACCGGUGUACCUGGUUUGAUUGGCAGCAUAUUGCACCACAACACCUUGUAAACCAUUACAUUGUGCUAUGUAAGUAGUUCGCACC